CCAGCUGAGAACGCCUUCGCUUCGCAGAACUCUUUCUAUCGACGUGGCUGGGAGACCCUGAACGCGCGCAUGAGCCUUGGAGAAACUAUAUAAACACAAUGUUUGCCCAGUCAGGCUGGAGCCGGCUGCAGUGUCCGCCUUUUGGUCGCGCAAAAAAAAGUCGGAACACAAGGGUUUUAGAUACCAGGACACUACCUAAGGUACCGGAGAAGAAACCAUGGCCACGACCCAGGCACUCUUCCGAGCAGUUUUUGCGCCCUUCCUGCUUCUCCUCCUUCAAGCCCUCCACGUUGCAGCCGGCAGCGUUACCAUCCAAAGCAUCAGCGAAGUCAUUGAACAACGCGACUGCGUCCGAAGCUGCCUAGGCUACGGCUAUGGCCAGAAACUCCCCGCGGCGCUUGGAUGCGCAGACUCAGACUCGUGUAUCUGCCGCGCCAACGUUCGACCCUACGCCUCUUCCUACAUCGAGAGCUGCGUCCAGACUGCCUAUACGACUUGCAACGACGGAGUGGACUACACAAUAGCGGUGUCGCUAUACGACGGCUACUGCACGUUCACUGCGCCCGCGACGGUCGUGGUUACGCAAACACCGGACGCGACCUGGAACAACCAGCCGCAAACGGUCACGCUGUUCACGAGCCCGCCUACGGCGACGGUCACAGUGUUCUCCUCAGACGCAGCACCGAGUUCGAGCGGCAUCACCUCUCUCGCAAACCCCGAUCCGUCCUCCGCCGUCGACGCUCCAUUCACCAACUCCCCGGCUUCUUCUUUCCUUACUUCAGCCUCCCGUUCUCCUGUUCCCUCUGGAUCCGAGUCGGCUCCAUCGCCUUCUCCUUCGUCUCCGGCGAAGGAUGACGACUCUGGUUUAUCGCAAACGGAUAAGAUUCAAAUUAUCGUAGGAACGGUUGUACCCUUGUUUUGUGUGGCGAUCACUAUAAUUGCUAGCUUGUUAUUGAAGAAGCGGCACAAGGAGAAGAAGGCUCGCGAUCGCGCUUCGAUGAUGGACAAUCACGGCGACCCAAUUUCAUAUUCGCGGCGGACUCACGGCCCACCAAUAUCGCCGAGUUAUCGCAGCGCCUCGCCAGGUAACCGCUUGUCAACUAUUAUUGCAUGAGUGCUUAGAUAUUUGUAAUAUCAAGAUUGUCUUUCAACAACG